AUGAUAGUUUUAGUGUGGGACAUCUUCCUAGUCGUGCACUCGUUUGUUCAACCCACCAUCAAGGUCAACAAGGCAUUGUACUACGGUUCAUUGGUUGUGGCAUUUAUAUACCAAGGACAGCACGGGGAUAAUACCGUCCACAAUCUUACACACCGAGUCGUCUAUAUGUCCAAACGUCAACUGUGGAGACAUCUGAUGGGUAACACGUACCCACGUCACUAUAGCAACCAUGUAACCGGUAAGAAGCCCGGGACACACGGAACUGGACGAAAGAGGCGCACGAGUUACAGAAAAAGAUAUCACAGAACGGUAAAAUUAUACCGAAAAUUACCAUUGACCUAUAUGUCAAGGGCCUGGGGCAAGGUCAGUCAACUUGACCUUCAUCCUAUUCUCCGGAGACCUCUUUUGGGCCUCUAUGUAUGGCUUUGGGGUGUGGACCUUGAUGAAGCUGCUGAUGAAAAUCUAGGCAACUAUCGGAACUUGAGCGAAUUCUUCCGCAGGAAGUUAAAAGCAGAUGUGCGACCCGUGGACGAACUUCAUAAUUUGACCUGUCCAUGCGAUGGUAGGGUACUGCAUUUUGGCGAGGUGGAAAACGGGAAGUUGGAACAAGUGAAGGGCGUAAUAUAUUCUCUCCAAGAAUUCCUUGGACCUCUGUCCUGGAAAAUGGGUUCCGAAAAUAUUUUAUCUGACGAAGAAUACUCCACAAAUUUGAAACAUAAUAGUGUUGACUCUCUGUACCACUGUGUAAUAUAUUUGGCUCCAGGCGAUUAUCACAGAUUUCAUUCAGCAGCAGACUGGACAGUUCAGCACCGGAGACACUUUCCAGGCGAUCUACUCAGUGUCAGUCCACACGUGGUCAGGAGGGUCGCCGGAUUGUAUAACUACAAUGAGAGGGCAGUAUACAUGGGGACUUGGGACUAUGGAUUCUUCAGCUACACAGCCGUAGGGGCUACUAAUGUAGGUUCAAUAAGGAUCUACUGUGAUAAGGAGUUACAGACAAAUAUUUAUCAUCACAAAGGGAAAAGAUAUAUUGACAAGAAUCUCUGUACUCAAGAAAACAGUGGUUUGGCAGUACAAAAAGGAGCCAUGUUCGGGGAAUUCAACUUUGGUUCAACUAUUGUACUCGUAUUUGAGGCGCCUAGAAACUUCAAAUUUAGACUGAAAGCAGGACAGAAGGUGAAGUUUGGACAGCCCAUUGGAGCUGCCUCUGAAUUAUCAAAAUCCACAUAAAGUGAAUUUCUGACGUUUUAAGAGAUACUUUUACAAUAAAACCUGUGUGAUGUUGAGCCUUAAACACACGAUCUCUCCGUCUCUCACGCUUCUGCUGUCCUGUGGUGGAGUACCUUGUACUGGAACGAAAUGAGCUACUACGAUCAUGGUGAAGGACGUCUUUAUAAACCUGGUUGUAUAGUAUGUUAUUCAGAUUAAGCUUUUCAGAAUUAAAACCAGACAACUCUCGCCUGAUAUCAAAUUUUGAAAACUGCAAUUCCCACUGCAAAGCCAAAUCACUCUGAAUCAUACGUUCGACUUUCUUUGGGUUUUUUAAAUCACUUAUUACAUCGUCAGUUACACGGAAUAUUUCUUUAGCAUAUGGUGAA